ACAACUUUUGUUCCUAAUCCAAUCCAAAACUCUCUCUCUCUCCUCCUGAGAACUAAAAGAAAAGCAUGUCAAUCACUACAGUUUCCAGGCAUUUGUCAUCAUCGUCAUUUCUUUUUCCCUUUCCUUCUUCAAGUCUAAAUUUCUCCUAUUCAAUUAGUAAGGGUAGAGAUUGUAAUUUCAGGAAAAACAUGUCAUCAUCAUCUCAUCCGAUUCAGGCAUCAUCAACUUCUUCUUCUUCUCUUCCACUUCCUCAAGAUCGGAUUGUCGUAGGUGUCGGUGGCACGGUAGUGGAUUACUUGGCUACAGUGGAUGCUUUUCCAAACCCAGAUGAUAAAAUUCGAAGUACCAGUUUGAAGGUUCAAGGAGGUGGCAAUGCUGGAAAUGCUUUAACUUGUGCUGCUCGCCUGGGUCUGAAUUCAAGGCUGAUCUCAAAGCUUGCAAAUGAUGCUCAAGGGAGAGGUAUAGUAGAAGAACUAGAAGCUGAUGGCGUAGAUACCUCACAUCUUGUGGUUUCCAAGGAUGGAAAUUCACCAUUCACAUACAUCAUUGUUGAUAACCAAAGGAAAACCCGUACCUGUAUUCACACACCUGGAUACCCUCCAAUGGUGCCCCAUGACAUGACACAGUCAAGCUUGAUGUCUGCCUUGGAUGGAGCGAGGAUUGUCUAUUCUGAUGUGAGGUUGCAUGAAACUGCUUUGGUUGUAGCACAGGAGGCAAGUCGCAGGAAUAUACCGAUUUUAGUUGACGCGGAGAAAAAGAGAGACGGGUUGGAUGAACUUCUGAACCUUGCAGAUUAUGUUGUUUGCACAGCAAAAUUUCCCCAGGCAUGGACGGAAGCCUCUUCAAUUCCGAGUGCACUAGUAUCCAUGCUCAUGAUACUGCCUAAUCUCAAAUUUGUGAUUGUUACCCUAGGAGAUGAUGGAUGUAUAAUGCUGGAGAGAAGUCUUGAUGGAAGCCUUCAGCCAGAGGAAGUGGAUGUAGACAGCUCACUUCAAUUACUAAAACAGAGAGUUGAUGGCAGUAGCACCAUUCCAACUUGUAUCUCAUCCAAGUCAGUUGUGAGCUUGAGUGCGAAAGGAAUAGGAGCUGUAAAUGGGAGACUGCUUGUUGGAACAGCAGAGAAGAUACCACCUUCAGAGCUUAUAGACACCACCGGUGCUGGAGAUGCAUUUAUUGGUGCAACUCUUUAUGCCAUCUGUGCAGGAAUGCCACCUGAGAAAAUGUUGCCUUUUGCAUCCCAAGUGGCGGGUGCAAGUUGUAGAGCCUUGGGAGCUCGAACUGGUCUUCCAUGGCGCACAGAUCCACGCAUAACUCCGCAUUUACUUUAGACAUAAGUCACAUAACUGGGUAUGAAAAUAACUUUUAUUUUUACUCUAGACAUAUCAGUUGGUCCUCCCAUGGUUGUCAACUAUCUCGAAUGUACUUUCUGCACCAUUAUUGAGCCUUGGAAGCUCAAGACGUGCUUUACUGUAGUUGAUUUAAAGAAAGUCAAACAGUUGCAAGUUGUAUGUUUGCUUUGUUGAACCUCUGUGGAAGCUGAGAAAUAAAUUGAAUUGAACUGUAUCGACCAACAUGUUUUUGAAUUGAACCGUUGAAAAUGUUACCAUGUCUGAAA